AUGGCUGCAGCAGCAGCGUGGGAGCGCACGAUUCUGAUUGCCCCAAACCCCACUCCUUUUGCUCCCCUGUCCGCUCCCGCGCUUUUACCUCGUCUCCGCACUUCUCUUACGGGCUCGCUGUAUUGCAUCGCUCCGAAUUGGCGCCCCGAGAUUCUGGGUUCAACCGUUGCAAUUUCCCGGCGGCACGGUCGGCGCGGAAGAAGGGGAGAUGAUCAAUGUUCGUAUCCGCGCGUGGUUUGCGCCACACGGCGCAGCGAUGCGCAGAGCGGCGACGAGGUAGAAGAAAGCGCGGGCGCGCAGCGGCAGGGGGCGGGGAAAGCGGAGGGGGAGGGGGAGGGGGAAUCAGGCGUGCAGUGGGUGGAGGAGCGCGGGCUGCGCCUGCAGGUGCAAGGGUCGUUCUACCGUAGCGAGAGCGCCGUCGGGCGCGACUUGGCCACUCUCGUUGCGUGGCGGGAUGCGCGCACGCGGAGGGCGGCGGAAGAGCAGCGCAGCCCGGGGGGCGAGACAGGCCAGGCGAACGGGGGUGCGGUGGAGGCGGGAGAGGCGCGGGGCAGGGGAGGGGGGAGACAGGGGGAAGGAAGAGCCCGGAGAGACGCGGAGGCGGAGGGUUCAGGGCGGGGGAUGAAGGAGCAGCAGCGGCGGCGGCGGCGGGGGUUUCGGGUUCUGGACGUGCUGAGCGGGAGCGGCGUGCGCGGAGCGCGGUACCUGUCGCAGGGCGGCGCGACUUUCGUGUGCAAUGAGCAACGGGCAUUCUUCGACCUGGUGGACGUGGAUGCGUUUGGCAGUGACACGCGGUUCAUAGGCCCGGCGCUGGCAGCCACGGCACUGGGAGGGCUGCUCUACCUCACCGCCACCGACGGCUUCUCCUCCGCUGGUCACGCUCCCUUCCGAGCGCUGGCAGCAUACGGCACAUACAUGCGCCCGCUGCCCUUCUGCAACGAGCUGGGGCUGCGCAUGCUGCUGGGGGCGGCGGUGCGCGAAGCAGCCUCGCGCAAGCUCACAGUGGCCCCCGUGUUCUCCCUCUACGCGCCCCACGGGCCUGUCUUCCGCGCUCUCGUGCGCGUGCACCCCGCCUCCCCACACCAACCGUGGCAGGGCGAGAACUAUGGAUUCAUCGCGCACUGCCAUUCGUGUGGGCACUCCAAGGUGCUGGCAUGGGAUGCGCUCGGCUGUGCUCUCUGCAAUUGCCUGCAGAGAAAGGGCCAUCCAACCCAUGCUUCUGCUGCUGCUGCUGCUGCUGCCGCCACGUCUCCCACUUCGCUUUCUUCGUUAACCCCCCCUUCCUUCGAGAAUCCGUCGAUGGAAACAAGCUCUUCUCCCUCCCAGCAGCAGCAGCAGCAGCAGCAGCAGCAGCAGCCAGUGUCAGGUGGCAUGGAUGAUCAUCAAAUGCUCAGUCAAAUGGGCCUCCGGAUCGCCCCACACGCUUACCUCGUAUCCUCCCUCUUUCCCACUGACCUAUCUUGCCUCAAACCACCGUACCUCAGUAUUCCCUUUCCAAAUCCCACCUUCUCCCAACCGCUUCUGCUUAACCUCUUCACCCCCCCCCCCCCCCGCAUCCACUCCCAUCUGCUUAUCCACUCCAUCCCUCUGCCAGCGCAUGGUGGUGGUGGGGCCGCUGUGGGUGGGCCCACUGCACGACCCAAUGGAGUUGCGCCACAUGGCGGAAGAUGCGCGGGUGAGAGGGUGGAAGGCAGCAGGGCGGGUGCUGGAGGUGAUGCAGGAGGAAGCACAGGAGAGACUGCCUCCGUGGUUCUUUAA